AUGCAGCCUCGCGGGCUGGAGAGUGAUACCAAGCAGUCUUCGUUGUUUGCAAUCGGGAUUCCCUUCAUCGCAAUCGCCAGCGCCAUAGUGUUCCUACGUAUCUAUGUACGGGUGCGCUUGAUACGGCUGAAACUGGCUACUGAUGACUGUCUGAAUAUAGAUCUGAUGGUCUCUGGGGCGUUUUUCACAAUUUCGCUGUCAGUGGCUAACAUGGUUUCACUUGACAUUCCUACCGAAGACCUCACUCCGAUGUUGAAGGCGAAUCUUGCCACACGUCUGCUUUACGUUGUCGCGAUAUGUCUGGUGAAGUUCAGUAUCCUCGUUUUCUACCACCGACUAGACCCUCGACUACCCACGAGGUGGAUUGUAUACUUCCUAAUGGCAUGGGUUGCCGCAUUAUCGAUCGUUACGUUCUUUGUGCUGCUGUUCGUCUGCACGCCGCCAUCGCUGUUUUGGGAUCCUGCAGGUCAGGCUCUGCAUCCAGAGAAGUGCCUGAAGCAGGACACGCAGCAAGUGUUCUUCAAUAUCAACGGCAUCAUGAACAUUAUUCAAGACUUUGCUAUAUACAUCCUACCAAUGCAUAUCGUCUGGAAGCUACAGAUGCCACGCGGUCAAAAGAUCGCCCUGUGUGCUCUUCUAGGUGUCGGAUUGGUUGCCGUUGCAGCUGGCUGUGUGCGCUUCUAUUACGUGCUCUUCCUCUCCGACGAAGCCGAUAUCUGGUACUACAUGGCCGACUCGUUGAACUGGUGCAGCAUCGAGAUCUACGCGGCCAUCAUCUGCAGCUCGGCAUCUACCUUCAAAGUCUUGAUCAAGACCUAUCUUCCCAAAGUCUGGAGCAGCGCCGGGAGUCACGACAAGGCUUCCGGCACGCCUCGCGCACAGUCCGAUCGAUCGCAUGGCAGCAAAUUUGAGUUGAAGCGUUUUGGCACAUCGUCGAACAAGUCAAGUAGCAACAGGAAAUACGGGAUUGAGGGGCUCACGGAAAUUGAGAAUGAAAGCGAGGAAGCUAUUGUGCGGCCUGAAAGCAAGAUGGGCACGGAUAUCGGGAUUUUCGUGUCGCAACACUAGCUUAGUUGAUAGAGUCGCAGUAUCAAGUGAGGCUGAACAGCUGGGUGAUACGCAGAAGUGAGUGGCAAAAGGAUGGGUCGCUCAAGUUAAUGGCACUGAUCGCUCAUCCAGCUUUGAGUAUGCUAUGGAAGGAACUUCUCCAAGAUGGAUCACGAGGAAUUGCAAUGGAGAAGGCAAGCCACGUGGAAAUGUCAUGAGCUGAAAGACAAGUAUACGACGAACUCUUUCCUAAGUGCUGGCCACUCCAGGGACGGCACACAUGAUACCCGUUCUCGUAUUGGAUGGGUGAAAGUAGAAGUGCGC